GGAAAGAGAGAGGGGAUUGUUCGUUGGCGGCGGUACCACGGCAGCAGCAGGCCACAGCGCCCAACACGCAUGUUCAGUGGAGAGUCAAUGGAAGGAGCCCUCAGAUGACGGACGCAAACGUCUGGGCAUGACAGCCGCUGUCACCGAGAGUGACAGCUUUCGCUCUCUGACGCCGCACCUCAACUAGACCAGAGUGAAGCCCGCCAAAGAAGUGACACGGAGCAAAUCAGAACUAUGCCAGAGAUGGAAAAAGGGAGACCACCGGAAAAUAAACGCAGUAGGAAACCUGCGCACCCCGUCAAGAGAGAGAUCAACCAAGAGAUGAAGACGUUUGCAGAGAGCACCAUGAAUGAGCUCCUAGGCUGGUACGGCUAUGACAAGGUGGAGCUCAGGGACAACGAGGCAACCGAGAUACGGAACUACCCCAACCGAGAGAGACGCCAGCAGCAUGUCUCCGUCCUUAAAGAAAACUCAGUGCCGAAGCCCAAGAGCUUGAACAGCAAAGGAAGCCCCUCUGCACUGGCCAUGAGGAGUGGAGAGAGAGAAUCAUCCAGCGUCCCCUCUUCCACUUCCUCUUCCUUCCCCAGCUCCUCCUCUUUGACCAGCCCUAAGGAGCAUAAGAGCGCUCCCGUAAUUGUCCCCCUUAUAAAGCCCUCUGCAGUGGAAGACGUGCAGAAUGUGCAGAUAGUGUGUGUGUGGUGUCAGAAGGAAGGGGUGAAGCGCUACUCUCUCUGUAUGGGCACCGAGCUGAAGAGCUUCUGUAGUGAGAAGUGCUUCGCCGCCUGCCGACGGGCCUACUUCAAACGCAACAAGGCCCGGGAUGAGGAUCUCAAUGGAGGUGAGCAAUCCCCCCAACACACCCAUGCCGACGACUCACCCCGACUGGUGAUGAAGAUGAACAGCAGUGGGGCCAGAUCACUCUCGCCUGUACCUCAGGUGUGCGACUGGUGCAAACACAUCCGCCACACCAAAGAGUACCUGGACUUCGGCGCAGGCGCAGAACGGCUCCAGUUCUGCAGUAGUAAGUGCUUGAACCAGUACAAGAUGGACGUGUUCUACAGAGAGGCCAGGGCAGCUCUCAUCAGCUCCAGCCCAGGCCCAGGAAGACCCACCCAGGAUGGGAGAACUGAGUCCAACGGAGGGGGUCAGAACCAGAAACUCCUGACCCCCGAAUCGUGGAACAAUGGCGCGGGGGUCGUUCGGGGGAGGACCAGGUCACCCAAAGGGCCCAUGCCAAGGACUGUGUCACCAUCUGAGGCGUCGUCCUCGUCCUCCAAGGCCCCCGUCUCUGGGCUGAGACACCUGGAGAGGCAUGUCCUGCCACCGUUGCCACCCCCAGAGGUGGCAAACCACCACUCCGUCCCCCCUCCUCCUCCUCGCCCCCCCAUGGAGCACCACCAACACCACCAAGCAAUUCCUCAGAUCCCGCUGCCCUUCAUCCGGCCCCCCCUCCACGCCCAAGGCCUGACGAGCCCCAUCGCCAAUCCCCACAGGUGCCACCCUGGCCCCCCUUCCAGCCCCAUCAACCGGUCCACCCCUCACUCCCCCCGCCACCCCCACCUCCAGCCCCCCUCGGCCUCCUCCAUGAACCCACCUAGAAUGCACCCAUACCCGGGGGCCUACUUCCCUGGUCUGCACUCCCCCCCAAUGAUGGGGCCCCGUGGCCCUGUGCCCAUGCCCUCUAUGAUGAACUUCGGGAGAUGGCCAUCCCUAGGCCCCUUCUUCCCUCAGCCCAUGGUCCUGGUUCCCUACCCCAUUAUUGUACCCAUCCCCGUCCCCAUUCCCAUUCCUAUCCCCAUACCCAUGCCCUCUAAGGCUUCCCCCUCAGACCCCCUAGGGAUCUCCCCCAGUGGGGUUAUCCAGCCAGUGCCAGAUGGGAUGGAGAGGAGGUGCUCCAGUGGUGUCAAACUGCCCUCUCCCGGGAGCUCUGUGCUAAGCAGAUUAAGUAGAACCACCAACCAGGGUCUCCCGUCGCCCUCCGACCACCCCAAAAGGGAUAUCACAGAUUGGGUUAAAUCGGAGAGGCAGGCUCCGUCGCCCAUGUCGACCCCCCACAGUGCAGCGUCCUCCCCCAGGGCUUGCUACGAUGCUUCCCCUUCUUCCACCUCAGUGAUUGAGGCACUGUUAGACUUUAAGCUGGGCCAGCAGCAGCAGCCAGAGAGACAGCUCAUUCAUAGAGUGCUCCAGAGGACCCCAGUCAAGCUGGAGCUCAACCCCCAUGGAAUGGUGGACCUGUCGGGUAAACGGGAGUCCAGAGCGGGGCAAAGCACCAGGGUAUUGGAUACCAGAGUAGACCACCACAACCACCACCAUGACAUUAUGACACCCACCCCUCCACCAUCCCAGUCCCCCCUUCCCCUUCACGACAUUUCCUUCCCCCAGAGCCCAAACACACAACUCCCCUCGCACACUCCACCAAUGACCAGAGGGGGAUGCCGCAGCCCUCCCUGUGAUGUCGCCACCUCCUCCCCCCCGAUGUCCCCAGACAUCCCUAACCGAACGACUACGUCAUCAUCCCCCGACCCUGCUCCCAGCCCAGACUCCUCCCAGUCCCAGAGAGAGGCCCCGCUCCUUGGCCCUGACUCUGUCCUCAGCGAGCUGGAGGCGGUCAAAGAGAACAGCUGCUCCAAUGGCCAGGUCCAGGGGAGGGACCAGGGCCAGUUCCCUCCCCUCCCCACUAGCCAAUCAGAGGAGCCCUCGCCCAGUGGCGACCCUAAGGACCCCCACAUCCUCGAUGAGGACCACGCCUAUGCCCUGCCCACCCCCACCCCUACCCCUACCAGGACGGGCAGUUUCCCAGCCACCACCCACACCACACUCCUUCUGCCCAAGCUCAGGGACAAGGGCGCCCUCUGGAGCCCACCAAGUGUGGCUGGACCUGGGGACAUGGAGCCUGCUCAGAAGAGACGGUGCCUCCGCAUCCGGGAUCAGAACAAGUAGAAGAGGGAGUCAGCCACCAGGGAGAUUGGCCCCGCCCUUCUUCUGACCACGAGGUGCCAAUCAAGGAAGCAGUCCAAUGGGGGAAGCAGCCCAAGAUAUGGACUUCUAGUAUAUUCACAGCAUCUUUGGACUUCAGAGAUACCUCCUUCUUUGAUUUCUGCCAUACUCCAUGAGCCUAUCAGAGCCCACUCCUCAACCCUAUUCAGUGGCUCUACACUAGACGGUAGGCUACUAGGCUCCAAUCAUCAGCCUUGUGUGGUCUUCUCAGAUGGAGCCUGAACCUGAUCUCUUUCCUGGGGAAACGGUUUGUUUUCUCUGCCUAGCUCCACACAAAGAGCCACAUUGUUCCUCUCCCCCAUAUCCCACGCUAACUCCCCUACUCGGGUUUUGGGUUACUUGGCCGACGGGGGCUCAGGCUUCAGGAGGAGUGUCUUUUUUUUGGUCUGAUUGAGCGCCAGGAAUAUGUGUGUACCCGCCUCUCCUUCUUUCCUCUCCUCUCCUCUCUGUACCCCCUGCCCAAUUGCAGUAUAUAGUACACACACCAGUCCUGAAGUGCAACUUCUUACGCCAAUUGCUCGAUAGCUUCAACUUUCCCUCGUAUAUCCUCUCACGAGGGAUGAGGGUAAACAAUUUCAGUUCAAGAAUUGAUCCUGAACUAUUUUAAGGAGGGAUGGAAUCUCCUGGAGCAAUGAAAAAUAUGAACUGUAAACAAUGUCAUAUGAUAACGAAGGAGAGAGGGAGCAAGUCCCAUAUAUCAAUCUACUGAUAUAGCUGAGUUGGCAAGGGAAGUUUUGACUUGCCUGAGACUUGAAGACUUGUCCCCAAAAUGAAUGCCAAGGCUUUGGCUCAAAGAGCUAACAAAGUCUUGUGAUGUGCAGGAGACCUGGGUUUCAGACCAUCACGCAGGCAGUGAUUUAUAACACUGACUCAGUCAUGGGACUUGGGCUAUAUUGUCACAGGCAUACAAUUUAUGAUAUUUUUACCACCAAUUGGUAUUUUGACCAAUCAGAUCAGAUCUUUUGCCAAUAAUCGGGCAGCCUGUGUAAACACUGCCAUAGAAGUAGAUAUUUUGAGUUUCCAAACCCACUCCCUCUGUUGAUGCUCCUUACCUUACUCAGAUAAUGUGCAGUAGGCCCCUUUUGGUGGGUUUGGAACAACAAUGUAGGUAGUCAUGUUACCAGCCAUGGUAUUAUUUUGAACCGUCAAAGGCUGCAAAAUGCAGCUAUCAGUAUUACAGUUUGAUGAGAUACUGACUAUACGCCUGGUCCCAGAUCUAUUUGUUCUGUCUUGCCAACUCUUCUAGUCAUUGUCAUGCCAAAACUAUCCAAACUAUCCAGUGGGAGAAUCAUCAUCUUGAGGCCUUGCCGGCACUCAUCAUCACAUUGUGAGAAUUCACAUUUAGUUUUUGCUAUACAUAGACUUUGACUUUAUAUUAACUUAUGAAUGAUGCCUUGAUAGAUCUUCAAAAAGUGCUUUAUUGAUUUUUAUUUUUGUGAUGAUUAUUAUGCUGUAUUUUGCAAGUUCUAACCAGUUUCCAAAUGUUUUGUUAGAAUUUGUCCAGUAGAGUGCAGUGUCGCUUCUGGAACAUACAGGUACCUGCCAAAAUAAUGGAAACACUUGAGUAAGUGAGGGAUACAAAGUCAAUUGAAUGCAGGUGGUUCCACACAUGUGUGGUUCCUGAGUUAAUUAUGCAAUUACCAUCCCAUCAUGCUUAGGGUCAUAUAGAAAUUAUUUUGGCUGCCAUGGCUAUGCCCCCCCCCCAUAGGAUGACAAUGCCCCCAUCCACAGGUCACGAAUUGUCAUUGAAUGGUUUAAUGGACAUGAAAACGAUGUAGGCCAUAUGCCAUGGCCGUCUCAGUCACCAGAUCUCAGCCAAUUAAACACGGAUGGGAGAUUCUGGAGCGGCGCCUGAGACAAACACAAAACACAGAAUGAUAUAAUGAUUUAGUUUAAGAAUGGUGUCACAUCCCUCCAAUAGAGUUCCAGACACUCGUAGAAUUAUAUGCCAAGGCACAUUGAAGAUGUUCUGGUUUGUGGUGUAACCAACACCCUAUUAAGACACUUUAUGUUGUGGUUUCUUUUAUUUUGGGAGUUACCUUACCUAUAGCAGCUGCCUCUUUUUACUAUACAUAACUAGCCAUCUCCAAUACCUUCGGUAAAUAGAUAGGCUAUUUUCAUUAACAUAAACGUGUAUUAAUUCACCUUCAUUCAGUAAACAACCAUACAUUUAGUGCCAAUACAAGUCUGUCUUCAUCAUGCCAAUUUCAGCAAUGGCUCGAUCUAUUCAUCGAUCCUGCCACAGAUCACCUGUUGCCAUCCCAUAGCCAAAAUAGAACAUUGCCACGACCCCCCCCCCCCACACACACACACACACACACACCAACACAUACACACACACACUCUCUCUCUCUCACUCUCUCUCUCACACACACACACAUUCACCUCUGCCAUCUCAGAACUGCAUUCCAAAGAGCACAUGCCCAAUCAGCGUAUGUGUAGCCACGGUGACAACAAGCUCAUUCCAGUCAACAGGCUUACCUUAGGUUAAGCCUAUAGAAUCAUUGUCAUCUUAGUCUGCCCAGGGGACUGUGUCACAAACUAUUAUGACUCAGCAGUGAGGUCACUCUAUACUAAUGCCUGUCAUAUCCUGCAGUACUCCCCUAGCCAUUCCUUAGUGGCUAAAAAGUCAACAAAAAACUGCCAUAGUAUAUUGCACAUCUACCUGUACCUACCAUUUCUGGCCAGUAUCAGAUUGGGAAGAUAAAAAUGUAAAGUUGUCUGAAACCUAUAUAUUGUGGACUCUGAGGACACUUGUUGAACAUAUAGGGUACUGUAUAAUUGACCAUUCAGAUAGUUUUUUAUGUAAAUGAAUACGAUAAACCGGGAGCUGUUUGGUGAAGACCCAUUUGUAAAGUGAAUAAAGGCUAUUCUGACGGUACCAACAUCAUGUGUUA